AUGGCAUUUCAUUGGCAAUCAAAAGGAGAUUAUCGAAAUGUUGGAGUGGAUGAUAUGGUUUUAUUAAGUAAACUUAACGAACAAGCAAUUGUCGAAAAUCUCAAAAAACGGCUUAAUGCUAAUUACAUUUUCACAUAUAUUGGUCCAGUACUAAUCGUUGUGAAUCCAUUCAAAGAAAUGCCUUAUUUCACUGAUAAAGAAAUGCAGCUUUAUCAAGGUGGUGCUCAAUAUGAAAAUCCGCCUCAUAUUUAUGCUUUAGCUGAUAAUAUGUUUAGAAACAUGGUUAUUGAUAAUGAAAAUCAGUGUGUUAUAAUAAGUGGUGAAAGUGGUGCAGGAAAAACGGUUGAAGCGAAAUACAUUAUGGGUUAUUUGGCUCGAAUAUCGGGUGGUGGACGACGAGUACAACACAUUAAAGAUGUAAUAUUACAAUCAAAUCCUUUAUUGGAAUCGUUUGGAAAUAGUGCAACAAUUCGAAAUUGGAAUUCGAGUAGAUUUGGGAAAUAUGUGGAAAUUAUAUUUAGCAGAGGGGGAGAACCAGUUGGAGGAAAAAUUUCCAAUUUUCUUCUCGAAAAAUCACGUAUUGUACAUCAGAAUCCUGGCGAGCGCAAUUUUCAUAUAUUCUAUCAAAUUUGUGCUGGAGCUGAUAAAUCAUUAAGAGAUAAUCUUGGAAUAACUACUCCGGAUUAUUAUAAUUAUUUGAAUCAUAGCGGAUGUUACCAAACUGAUGGAAUUAAUGAUGUAAAUGACUUCAAGCAAACGAUUCAUGCAAUGGAUGUAAUUGGUAUUGGUAGCGAAAUUCAACUUCAAAUUUUGCAACUUAUCGCUGCAAUUUUGCAUAUUGGAAAUAUCAAUUUUGUAGAAGAAAAAAAUUAUUCGGCUAUCGCAGACGAACAAUUUCUUGAAUUUCCUGCAUUUCUUUUGGGAUUGAAACCGAGCAGUAUUAAAGAGAAAUUGAUCAGUAGACAUAUGGAAAGCAAAUGGGGUAAACAAACCGAACAGAUUGACGUUAAAUUGAAUGUAGAACAAUCUGAAUUCACACGGGAUGCGUGGGUCAAGGAUCUUUAUACUCGUCUUUUCGAUUUCUUAAUUAUUUCAACAAAUCGGGCAAUGAAAGUAACAUCACGUUUAUCGGGAGCACCGCUUUCGAUUGGUAUUCUCGAUAUAUAUGGGUUUGAGAUUUUCGAGAACAAUGGUUUUGAUCAAUUUUGCAUAAAUUUCGUCAAUGAAAAACUUCAACAAAUUUUCAUUGAAUUGACUCUUAAAGCAGAACAAGACGAGUAUAUAAGUGAAGGAAUCAAGUGGAAUCCAAUUGAUUAUUUCAAUAACAAGGUUGUAUGUGAUCUUAUUGAGGCAAAAAAACCACCCGGUAUAAUGUGCAUAUUAGAUGAUAUUUGUUCGCAGAAUCAUGGUCAGAGUGAAGGAGUAGAUGAUCAGUUUCUGGUCGAACUUAAUAAGCAUAUGUCAUAUAAUGAACAUUAUCGUACUGGCGCUGAGGCAUUUCUUAUAAAGCAUUACGCGGGUGAUGUUGUUUAUAAUAUAAAUGGUUUUUGUGAGAAAAAUCGUGAUACUCUUUACAAGGACCUCAUUUAUCUUAUGCAACAAAGCGAUAAGCAAUUUCUGGUACAAAUGUAUCCGGAAAUAAUUUCUUCUGGAGUAAAGUCGAAACCAACCAGUUUUUCAUCGAAAAUAAGGAGUCAAGCAAAUAAUCUGAUCGAUUCAUUGAGUAAAUGUUCACCUCAUUAUGUUCGCUGCAUUAAGCCAAAUGAAACAAAACGUCCAUUAGAAUGGGAUGACAGAAGGGUUUUACAUCAAGUGGAAUAUCUAGGCCUUAAGGAAAAUAUUCGCGUCCGCCGUGCUGGAUUCGUUUAUCGUAGAUUAUUCGAGAAAUUUUUAUAUCGAUAUGCCAUACUUUCUGGGGAAACAUGGCCAAAUUAUAAGGGUGAUCCACGAAAAGGUACUGAGAUAAUCUGUGCAGCUGUAAAUAUGGAUAAGGACCAAUAUCAGUUGGGCAGAACGAAAAUAUUCAUCAAAAAUCCAGAAUCAUUAUUUCUGCUUGAAGAGUCGAGAGAGCGUAGGUAUGAUGGUUUUGCAAGAAUUAUUCAAAGGGCGUUCAAAAAGUUUAACGCAGAAAAACAUCGUUCUAAAAUGAAAGAAGAGGCAUGUGAUUUACUUUAUGGCAAAAAAGAACGACGAAGAUUUUCUAUAAAUCGAAAUUUUGUUGGUGAUUAUAUUGGUUUGGAACAUCAUCCUGCGUUACAAAUUUUAGCUGGAAAAAAAGAACGAAUUGCCUUUGCUGCAACUGUGAACAAAUAUAAUCGAAGAUUUAAAGCAUCCAGAAUUGAUCUCAUUGUUACAUCUCAAAAUAUAUUAUUAAUAGGACGCGAAAUUGAAAAAAAUGGAAUUAACAAAGGAAAACUCGUCGAGAUACUUAAACGCAAGAUUUCCUACGAAAAUCUACUGAGUAUCGGGUUAAGUCUAUAUCAGGAUAAUUUCUUAAUAUUAAAUGUGCGAGAUGAUCAUGUUUCUUUGCUAGAAACUCCUUUAAAAACUGAAUUCGUUAUUACAGUCAACAAAAAUUAUACUGAAUUUACAAAUGGCGCAGUUGUGCCACUGGAAUUCCGAUCUUCAUUCCAGUUAAACUUCAAAAAAACUUGGUUCGAUGGUGGUGCUAGAAUGGUGAAUUUUGUCAAAAGUGAAGCAAAUACGGAUUCAACUCAGCUUCACACCAAAGGGAAAACUUUAUUUGUCCACAUUGGGCCAGGCUUACCAAAUAACUCAAAACCAGGCCUACAAAAAACAGGUUUUGUCGGCUAUGUUCAAAAGAAGAAUAAUUUACGUUCUAUGCAUAAUCGCGCCUUGUUAAAUAAUCACUUCGUGCCAUCAGCACACGAUUCAUCUGUUAAUGCUCAUCGAAUUUAUCCAGCAUCGAACAAUAUUCAUAGAGGAAAAGAGGCAACAAGGCAACCAAAACCACCAUUAAAACCCAAACCAGCAUUCUUAGUUGAAGCUUUGUAUCCAUACGAUGCACAAGAUACUGACGAACUCUCUUUCGAUACUGGUGAUAGAUUUGAACUUAUCAAUAAAGAUGCUUCUGGAUGGUGGCAAGGGCGAAUGAAUAAUCGAACAGGAUUGUUUCCUGGGAACUACGUGAAGGAGUUGUGA